AUGGCCCUGAUGUAUCAAGCUGAGUCAGUAAGUGGGACAGCGGUAGAAUUUGUGCUGCUUCAGGCAGUAUGGGCUGGCAAAGGGCUGGCUUUUGAUAGCAGUGAAACCGCACUCCUCACCAUUGGUCAACAAACACCAAUAAAUAGAGAUAACUGUUCCCAGAUUGUUGAAGUGCAAUGUCAGGCAAUAUGUUUAUUGGUACAAGCCAACAACAGGUUUGGGGACACAAACAAAAAGACCAAACAUGUUUCAAACAAAUAUGCUUCAUCAGAGAUUAGAGAGGCUGGUUAUGCUAGUGAGGCUAGUAAGACAGGUGAUGCUGGUGAUGCUAGUGAGGCUAGUAAGACAGGUGAGGCUUGUGAUGCUAGUGAGACAGGUGAGGCUUGUGAUGCUAGUGAGACAGGUGAGGCUUGUGAUGCUAGUGAGACAGAUGAGGCUUGUGAUGCUAGUGAGACAGGUGAGGCUUGUGAUGCUAGUGAGACAGAUGAGGCUGGUGAUGCUAGUGAGACAGGUGAAGCUGGUGAUGCUAGUGAGACAGGUGAAGCUGGUGAUGCUAGUGAGACAGGUGAGGCUUGUGAUGCUAGUGAGACAGAUGAGGCUUGUGAUACUAGUGAGACAGGUGAGGCUGGUGAUGCUAGUGAGACAGGUGAGGCUUGUGAUGCUAGUGAGACAGGUGAGGCUUGUGAUGCUAUGGAGACAGGCGAGGCUUGUGAUGCUAGUGAGAAAGGUGAGGCUUGUGAUGCUAGUGAGACAGAUGAGGCUUGUGCUGGUGAUGCUAGUGAGACAGGUGAGGCUUGUGAUGCUAGUGAGACAGGUGAGGCUGGUGAUGCUAGUGAGACAGAUGAGGCUGGUGAUGCUAGUGAAACAGGUGAGGCUGGUGAUGCUAAUGAGACAGGUGAAGCUGGUGAUGCUAGUGAGACAGGCAAGGCUUGUGAUGCUAGUGAGACAGAUGAGGCUGGUGAUGCUAGUGAGACAGAUGAGGCUGGUGAUGCUAGUGAGACAGAUGAGGCUGGUGAUGUUAGUGAGACAGGUGAGGCUUGUGAUGCUAGUGAGACAGGUGAGGCUGGUGAUGCUAGUGAGACAGGUGAGGCUUGUGAUGCUAGUGAGACAGGUGAAGCUGGUGAUGCUAGUGAGACAGGUGAGGCUUGUGAUACUAGUGAGACAGGUGAAGCUGGUGAUGCUAGUGAGACAGGUGAAGCUGGUGAUGCUAGUGAAACAGGUGAUGCUAGUGAGAUUGCUGAGACAGGUGAGGCUGGUGAUGCUAGUGAGGCUGGUGAGACAGGUGAGGCUGGUGAUGCUAGUGAGGCUGGUGAGACAGGUGAGGCUGGUGAUGCUAGUGAGAUAGGUGAGGCUGAUGAUGCUAGUGAGACAGGUGAGGCUGGUGAUGCUAGUGAGGCUGGUGAGACAGGUGAGGAUAGUGAGAUAGAUGAGGCUUGUGAUGCUAGUGAGACAGGUGAGGCUUUUGAUGCUAGUAAGACAGAUGAGGCUGGUGAUGCUAGUGAGACAGAUGAGGCUGGUGAUGCUAGUGAGACAGGUGAGGCUGAUGAUGCUAGUGAGACAGGUGAGGCUGGUGAAGCCAGUGAGGCUGGCAAGACAGGUGAGGCUGGCGAAGCUAGUGAGAUAGGUGAGGCUGAUGAUGCUAGUGAGACAGUUGAGGCUGGUGAUGCUAGUGAGGCUGGUGAGACAGGUGAUGCACGUGAUGCUAGUAAGACAGGUGAGGCUUGUGAUGCUAGUGAGACAGAUGAGGCUGGUGAUGCUAGUGAGACAGAUGAGGCUGGUGAUGCUAGUGAGACAGGUGAAGCUGGUGAUGCUAGUGAGACAGGUGAGACUUUUGAUGCUAGUGAGACAGGUAAGGCUGGUUAUGCUAGUGAGACAGGUAAGGCUGGUGAUGCUAGUUAG